AUGGGAGCUGAUUGGGGACCAGUAAUCGUUGCUGUUGCUUUGUUCAUUGUUUUGUCACCAGGGCUGCUCUUCCAGUUUCCAGCCAGGAGUAGAGUUGUUGAAUUUGGUAACAUGAGUACCAGUGGAAUUUCUAUUCUGAUUCAUGCUAUUAUAUAUUUUUGUAUUCUCACCAUCUUAGUUAUUGCUAUUGGUAUUCACGUACACUUUAACUGA